AUAACAACCCGGGUCGUGAGCAUGCGUGCGUGGAAAGGAUCCGUCAGACUGCUCAUCUGUAUUUCACACACACACACACACACACACACACACACACACACUCAGACACACUCAGACACAUUUGAAGCAGUUAGCCGAACAGCUGUGUCCGUCCGCCGUGUGAGCUCGGAGGAAAAACCAGCGCGGCAGCAUCAUGUCGGUCGACAGCGUGUUCAGGACCCGCUCCCUCGGCGUGGCCGCCGUGGGUCUCCCCGACCAGUACGCCGACGGCAAGGCGGCCAAGGUGUGGCAGCUGUACAUCGGGGACACGCAGAGCCGGACGCAGGAGUACAAGAGCUGGCUGGUGGCCCUGCUGAGGGAGCAGGGCGUGCGGCAGGUGCUGGACGUGGCCUGCGGAACCGGAGUGGACUCCAUCAUGCUGGUGGAGGAGGGCUUUAAUAUGGUGAGCGUGGAUGCCAGCGACAAAAUGCUCAAGUAUGCGCUGAAGUCGAGAUGGGAUAGAAGAAAAGAAGCAGCUUUUGAUCAGUGGGUUAUUGAAGAGGCCAACUGGCUGACGUUAUCAGAAGACAUUCAGAAACCGGGGAAAGGCUUCGAUGCCGUUAUCUGCCUCGGCAACUCGUUUGCCCAUUUACCAGACUUUAAAGGAGACCAGAGUGACCAAAAGCUGGCGCUGCAGAACAUUGCCAGUAUGGUCAGACCAGGCGGGACCCUCAUCAUUGACCACCGUAACUACGACUACAUCCUGGAGACGGGGCGGGCGCCACAAGGCAAAAACAUCUACUACAAGAGUGAUCUCACUCAGGACAUCUCCACCUCGGUGCUGUGGGUCAACAGUAAGCCUCACAUGAUCACUCUGGACUACACCAUCCAAGUGCCUCAGGCCAUCGACCAGAAUCUUCCCGAAGUCAGUAAAUUCCGUCUAUCCUACUACCCUCACCGCCUGGAGACCUUCAAGGGGCUGCUGACCGAGGCCUUCCACGGCAAGAUGGAGCACAGCGUCUACGGCGAUUUCAAGGCGUACGUCCCCGGCCAGACGCAGGCUCCCUGCUACUUCGUCCACGUCUGCAAGAAGACGGCCUGAGAGCCAUCCUAAGUCAACACACACACACACACACACACACACACACACACACACACACACACACACACACACACACACACACACACACACUCUGCUGGAAAGAUGAUUAGCUUUCUGCCUGAGUUCAAUCCCCCAGAUUUGGGCAAAAUUAUAUUUAAAUAUGUUUUUAAAAAAAGAUUUUAUCUUCUAAUUCUUAAAAAUCAAGCAACUGUUUUGUUUUCUCGGUGAUGAGAACGUAGAGACUGUGAAUGCAUUAUUAUUAUUAUUGCAUGAAUAAUAAGAUUGGCCUAUUGACAAAAUUGUAUUGUCAAGUCUUCAUUUUUUUUUAAUCAUUUUUAAAAUGAUCGCGCUAAAGUGUCAAAGCAGCAGAGGCUCUAUGCUCCGCCAGGAACAGCUGGUGGUUGAUAUUGAUCUCAGCCUGUUGCACACGCCGACGCAACUCGUGAACAGUCUGAAAUAGAUCAGACCUAGUGUGGAAACUAGAUUCAAAAUGUAUCGGACCAAUGUUUUGUCCCUCCUGUAUUUACCAGUGUGCUUCUUUUCAGAACUUUGAUAUCUACGAUGAACAAAAUUGUCUCAACGGUGCUGCACAUGUCCUGAUAUUCCUUUAAUGACGGAGUACUUGCUUUUUUUCGGAAGUGAUGUACAAAGAGCUGAGUUGUACCGUAUUUGUAUUUUGUUAGUUUAACAUGAGGGGGUCUUAAAAAAACAUUUAUUUUGAAUAUAUUUUCAAGAUGGAAAGGUAAAAAAAAGAGCUGAUUUCACGAUUUCUUUGACGAGCGGGGCACGACGCCAGUUUGAAUAUAUCCAAUGACUGGCCUCACCGUUUCUCUGAUUGAUCAUGUCCGAGUUAGUUUAACCUGUUUGGGCAGAACGGCGACCCCAGAGCUAAUAUGACCUCUGACCUCCCCGAUGCUGGGGAUGAAGAGACCGAUUUCAUGGACGUCUGCUCUUAAGAAGAAAGGGCAAAAAAGUAUUUUCAAGACUUAAUAAGACAGAAAUGGCCUUCGCGCUUUUUUUUCACUCUCAUCUCAGUCAAACUCACAUUUUCACAUGUUCUGGUAGAUUCAUCUAAUAAACCUGCAGCAGUCCAGCAGUGAGUCUCUUCUGUUUUAAAAAAUAAAUAAAUAAGAACUGAAGCCCUGUUGAGGAUUCAUCCAAAACUGCCACCAACAGACUCGUUUCAGAUAUACUCUGCUGUGCACUUUGGUUAAACGUGCAAAUGUUCGCAUCGCAGCAAUAACCUGAAAUACCCAGCACCCUAUGAAAUGUGUUAACAACCAAAGAUGACGAGAAUUGCUUAACUUCUUUUUUUUGCUCAAUCUCAUAAUUUUGGUGUUUCGAAAUGUAGAAAAAAAGAGGUAUUGUGCAGCGUCUUGAAUAAUUCAGUUUACCCGAUGAACGAGAGGGUGAAAUAAUUUAUUUAGGUAUACUAUCCAUGUUCAAAUAACUUUUGCUUUGACACCAAAUUGUUAUUAUAUUUAAUUAUUGGAAUGAGAAACGAGAUCUAGUGUAUCCUCACUGCCUCUGCUGUGUGCGUGUGCGUGUGCGAUAGUUUGAGGUAGGUUCAGAUUGUGGCGAGAGAGGCUGAAUGUUUGAGUUUGAGCUCUUGUACGUUUACAUAGACAUGAAACCAUGUCAGAAGUCUUAACUAUGUUGACUCUUAUAUACAACAAAAAAAUUGUAAAGAUUUCAUCAAGUUUUUUUGCUCAUAUGAUUAUUGGGAUCAUUUUUUGCAUGACAUUAAAAAUGGAAAUAAGUCG